AUGAGAAGUAAAUAUAAUAUUCUAAUUUAUAAGAAAAAAAAGAAGCACCUAAGAUUGGAUGUAUUGCUCUUUUUUGUUUAUCUUAUAUUUUUGAAUUUAAUUUUACAAAAUAAGAAAUUUGAAGCUCAACCAAAAGAUUAUGAAUAUAUUGAAAUUUUGAAAAAUAAAAAUGUGAAUGAGGAAACAUUUGUUCAUGUAAAAAGAUUUGAACCGACUUCUUCUGAUUUGGGCAAUAUAGGAAAAGAGAAAAUUUUAGAACAAAAUAAUUAUAAUGUUAAAAGUAUUAAUAAUGUUGAACUUAGAAAUGAUAAUAUGAAUGUAAUUAAUAAUGAAGGGGUAUAUAAUAAAUAUGUAAAAGAGAAUGAAGAGAUUAUUGGUGAUAAUGAGAAAAAAGAAAAAAGGGCAAAAACUUUUGAGAAUAAUGAUUUUAAAAAUGAGAAAUCAUUUAAACCUAUAAUAGUAGGAAAAUAUAAUUUAAUAUACAUAUUUUAUAGUAUAGAAUUUAUAUGUUUAUUGUUGUUUAUAUUUUUACAUUUUUUACUUUUUCUUUUAUCACAAUGGAAUAUAAAAAUAAAUUUGUUUAUAUCAUAUAAAUCGUUAUAUAGUAAGAAUAAGGAAAAGUAUUUAUAUAAUUUAAAAAAUUUCUGUACACACGUGUAUAUUGAACCGUGUAUUAUAAAAAGUGAAGAAGACAAUGGUAUAUAUGAUAAAAAUAGAUAUAAUAUGGAUUGUAAUUUUUAUAAACCUAAAUCCGAAUUAAUAGAAUUAAAAAAGAUUGAUAAUGAUAUAUAUUUUUUUUAUAAACAGAAGAAAUAUAUUUUUAAUUAUGAGACAUUUAUAUUUGAAUCACUUAAACAUUUUGAUAAUUUCAACUUGUCUUUUUAUUUGAAUUGGAAAGGAUUAUUAGAUUAUCCUAAAGGGAAGGACAUAAAUAAAAUGGAUAUAUAUAAUAAUAAAAUGAUGAGGGAUAUAAAGGAUAGAGUAACAUGUAAUAAUAUAGAGAGUGUAAUAAAGAAAUUGGAUAUUUUAUAUGCAUUACAUAAUGAUAAGAAAGGGAAUUUAAAUAUAGAUGAGAAGGUAGAUGAUGUAAAUUUUAAUUGUAAUGAUUUUAUUAGUAAAGAGAAGAAUGUAGAUAAUGUAUAUGAUAUGAAUAAAAAAAAUAUGAUAAAUAUAAAAUAUCGAGGUAAAACAAAUAAAGGAAAUAAUAAUUUUAUAGAUGUAUUAAAAAAUGAUAAUAUGUGUGAAAAGGAUAUUAAUAAGAAUGAUAUAUUUGGAGAUUAUAAUAAGGAUGAUAUGGAUGAUACACAUAACCAUAAUGUAGAUAGAAAUAUUAUUUGUAGUAAUAAAAAAAAAGUAGAUAGCAUAAAAAAUAGUAUACAUAAUGAUGUUGUAAGGGAUGAUAAUGUUAAUAACAAUUUUUAUAAUUUUUAUUAUAAGAAGAGUUGUUUUGAAAUACCAUAUGAUAUAUUUGUACAUAAUAAUGUUGAAAAGUAUGGUGAAAAUAUAUAUGAUAUACCUUGUCCUUGUUUUAAAGAAUUAUUAUACGAAUCAAUGUUGUCUCCUUUUUUUAUAUUUCAAUUUUUUAGUAUAGUAUUAUGGAUGUUAGAUAGUUAUUGGUACUUUGGUAUAUUCUCAAUAUUUAUUUUAAUAAUUUUGGAAUCACAGUUAAUUAACAAACGUAUACGAGAAUUUAAUAUGAUAAAUGGAAUGAAGGUGGAUCCUCAGGACGUGUAUGUGUAUCGUAAUUUACGAUGGACUAUUAUGAAAUCAAAUAAGUUAUUACCAGGUGAUAUAUAUAUAUUAACAAAUGAUAUGACUGCUACGGAUAAUAAUAUAUGUACAUGCGAAACGUUAUUAAUUGAUGGGACGUGUAUAACGGAUGAAUCUAUAUUGACAGGAGAAUCUGUUCCUUUAAUAAAGGCGUGCAUAGAUAAAAGUGUAAUAAAUAAUAAAAGCAACAACAAUAAUAAUAAAAACGAAAACAAUAAUAAUAAAAACGAAAACAAUAAUAAAAAAAAGGACAAUAAUAAAAACGAAAACAAUAAUAAAAAAAAGGACAAUAAUAAAAACGAAAACAAUAAUAAAAAAAAGGACAAUAAUAAAAACAACGACAAUAAUAAAAACAACAGUAAUAAUAAUAGUUAUAGAUUUAUUGGAGAUGAUAAUGUCGAAAGGUUAAAUUAUAAAAAUUUUGAAAAUAAUGAAAAUGAAUUUAUAAAAGAUAAAGAAUGUGAUUAUGAGAGCAGUAAUUAUUGUAAUUCUUUAUUUUGUAAUAGACUUGAUAUAAAAAAUAAACAUAAGAAACAUAUUGUAUAUGCAGGAACAAAUAUAUUAAUGACAAAAAAUGAAAAUAAUAAAUUUAAUGGUAAGAAAUUACCCGUGAAUGGUUGUAUAGGUAUAGUAUUAAGAAGUGGAUUUUCUACAUAUCAAGGUAAAUUAGUACGUACUAUAAUAAAUACAUCCGAGAAAGUAAAUUCAUCAAGUAUUGAUUCUAUAAUUUUCCUUAUGAUAUUAUUAUUAUUUUCUAUAUGUUCAAGUGCAUAUGUUGUAUAUAGUGUAUUAAAAACAAAUGAGGAAAGAAAUUUAUAUAAAUUAUUAUUAUCUGUAUCACAUAUUAUAACAGCUGUUAUACCACCAGAAUUUCCCAUAACUCUUUCGUUAGCAGUAACUAUAUCUAUAGUAUAUUUAUACAAUAUGAAAAUUUAUUGUACUGAGCCUUUUAGAUUACCUUUUUCGGGCAAGACCAAUAUAUGUGCUUUUGAUAAAACAGGAACAUUAACAGAAGAUAAUAUGAUAGUCUUAGGUUUAUUUGGAUUAGAUGAUAAUUUAAAACGAAUAAAUGAAAUUAAUGAAUCCAUAAUAAAUAAACAGAAAAUUCCUUUUUUUUCCUUAUCCGUAAUAGCUGGUUGUCAUUCUAUAUGUACAUUAAAUAACAAAUUGUUAGGUGAUCCUUUAGAAAAAAACUCUUUUCUAAAAUUAAAAUGUGUCAUGAAAAGUUUGAACCAUACCUAUGUAUAUACAAAUAAUAUUAACAAUAAUAACAAUAAUAACAAUAAUAACAAUAUUAACAAUGAUAAUGUUGUGGAUAAAAAAUAUCAUAAAAACAAUGAGAAGAAAAUAAAAAAUCAAUCCUUAGAAAAUUUCCAAAUUGUCAAAAGAUUCUUUUUUUCUUCAGAGUUACAAAGAAUGACUUGCAUUAUAUUGCAUGAGGGCUCUCAACACGAUUGGUAUGGGGACGAAUACGAAACGGAUACUUGUGAUUCGGACGAACAGAAUGAAGAACAGUAUAAAAAUACAAAACAGCAUGUAUUACGUAAUAAUGGACAUGAGAUCUAUAAGACUACUCCUUAUAAAGAAAGUGCUCAAAUGUUAAGAAAAUUAAAAAGAAAAAAUAAUAAUGAAUAUGAUACUGAAAGUGAUGAUCAUGCUGAUCAGAAUUGUGAUAUACAUAAUAAUGAUAUACAUAAUAAUGAUAUACCUAAUAAUGAUAUACAUAAUAAAGAUAUACAUAAUAAAGAUAUACAUAAUAAAGAUAUACGUCAUAAUGAUGUACACCAUAACGAUAUUUGUUAUAAGCAUACGGAGAAGGAAAAGAAAAAGAAAAAUAGAAUUAAAAAUAUCCUUUUUGUUAAAAAAAAGAAAGAAAAUAAGGAUAAAAUUGUAAAACAAUAUUUAGUUGUAAGCAAAGGUUCUCCUGAAAUAAUGAAAAGGUUUUUAAAGAAAGUACCAGAACAUUAUGAUGAGGUAUUAAAUAGUUUAUCCAUAAAAGGAUAUCGUGUUUUAUGUUUAGCUGUAAAUAUUUUAGAUAAUAAUAUGUAUAAAGAAAAUAUUUCAAGGGAAGAGGUUGAAAAAGAUUUAUAUUUUUGCGGUUUCUUAACAUUUAUAUGUCCUAUAAAAGUUACUACACCUAAUUAUAUUUUACAUAUCAAAAAUGCGGGAAUUAAAAAUAUAAUGAUAACAGGAGAUAAUGCUUUGACAGCUUGUCAGGUAUCUCAAGAUGUUAAUAUUGUACCUAAGGUAACGUGUAAGGAUAUUUUAAUUCUUAAAAUGAAUGAGGUAAUAUCAUAUGACCUCAUAGGAGAAAAAAGAACAAACAUGAUCAAUAUGAUAGAUAUAAUGACGACUAAUAAUAAUCAUACAUGUGAUACGAAUCAGAGUGACGAUGUGUGUAAAAAUAAAAUAAAUAAUGUUGUAAAGGAUUUAAGAUAUGAUCAUGCCAUUUUUAAGAAUGACGACAUUAAAGAUUGCAUCGAAUUUUUGACAUGUUUAAAAAAUAAAGAAACGAGUGUUAUUUUAAAGAACCAUGUAGAGAAUCUCAUAAGAAUAAUAGAAGUUAAUUAUAAUAAAUGUAGUAAUAUAUUAUAUUUUAUGAAUAGAGAAAAUAAGAAAAUAUUACCAUUUAUUCAUAAUAUAGAAUAUAUUAAGGUAUGUAGUGAAAUCUUUUCGUUGUGUAUAACAGGCGAUAUUAUUGAUUAUUUCUUGGAAGUGUAUAAAAAUAAUUUGCAUAUAUUUAAUGAGCUUAUAAGAGGUGUGCAUAUAUUUUGUAGGAUGUCUCCAAAAAAUAAAGAAAUAAUAAUUAAGACGUUAAAUAAAAUUGGUUAUAUUACGAUUAUGUGUGGUGAUGGGACAAACGACAUGGCUGCUUUGAAGGCAGCGCAUGUAGGUGUAUCUUUAUUAAGUAUAAAAAUAAGUUAUAAAAAUAGAGAUGGGAACAGAAAAAGUGUGUUAAAUGAUGAUAGAAAGAGUUUGUUAAAUAAUCAUAAUAAUAUGAGGAUGAUGAAUAUGUAUGGUGAUGGACGUGUAAAAAGUGUAUAUGAUAAUUUACGAGCUUCUUAUUCAGAAGCAAGAAAUAUAAUAAAUAAUAAUAGUAAUAAUUUAGGAGGUAUAAAUUUUAGACGGUCUUAUGAACAGAUGAAAUUAUAUAAUGAGAAAAAGAAAGAAUUAGAUAAGAUGUUACAAUCAUUGGAUGAUUCUUUACCAUUAAUAAAGUUAGGUGAAGCAAGUAUAGCAUCUCCAUUUACAUAUAAAGGGAAUGAUAUCAAAUGUGUAAAAGAGAUAAUAUCAUGUGGUAGAUGUGCAUUAUCUAAAGUAAUUAUGAUGUAUAAAUUGAUGAUCAUAAAUUCUUUAAUUACAGCAUUUUCUGUAUCUAUAUUAACGUUAGAUGGUGUUAAAUUAAGUGAUGCCCAAACAACUAUUAUAUCAUUAUUAUAUACAUGUCUAAUUGUUUUAAUAUCAAAGACUUCUCCUUUAAAAAACAUUACGAAUUAUUCUCCUCCCAAUUCAUUAUUUAAUUUUAGUGUUAUCAUAUCAUUAUUAUCACAAAUUAUAAUUCAUUUCUCUAUAUUAAUAUAUGGCUGGAAAUUAGCUUGUGUAUAUCGAGAAAUUAAUUAUAUACCAGAUAUCAAAGGAGAUUUUAUACCAAAUUUAGUAAAUACAUGUAUCUAUUAUUUAAUUUAUUGUAUUAAUUUAUCCAUUUUUUCUUGUAAUUAUGAAGGUCUACCAUUCAUGGUACCUAUUCAUAAAAAUAAAGAAAUUGUUUAUAUUUUUGCAGUCAAUUUUUUUUUUCUUUUUGUUUUAGUUAUGGAUAUAUUCCCUUUCCUAAAUUACUUUUUCUCUCUCGUGUCCUUUCCUAAUAUACGUUUUAAAUUCUUCUUUUUCUUCUUAAUGUUGGUAGAUAUAUUUUUGCCUUACCUAGUUACAAAUCUUUUUAAAUCAUUGAGAUUUUAUAUAUUCCACAAAUAUCAAAUUAAUAUUUAG